CUUCAGCACAGAUUUCCCGAUUGAGGCUAGUGUGAAGCUGCGGCGGUGGGAGCUUAUCCAUCCCAUCCAACAUUCUGCCGCCGUCCAGACCUCCGUUGUUGCUCCAAUUCAUCCAAGCUGCGUCCCCGGCCUCUACCUUCCAGACCCUAGUUCAGGGUCUCGUUCAUUCUCUUCGCCGUCGCAUCAUGUGUGACAUUCGUUGAGUUGCCUUCCAAAACACCUCCCGCACGACAUUCAUGACCAUCGCGUCGAUAGCGAAUCCGUGAUCUUCGGCCUGCCUCGCUUCCCAUUCCUUCCACGACGGACAAAAUGGCCACACCAACCCUGGAUCGCUUCUUAGCGAGCGUCGCAGAUAUCGUCAAAUCCCGCGAUGGAGCCAAGCUACAGGACUUUCUACAGAUUGAACCUCCCCUCCCCGAUGUCUAUCGGCAGAUGACCAACGAGCUACGGCAACACCAUCCUUCUGGUCCGCGGGAAACAGAUCUAUUGCGACGAUGUGAAGGAUUGGUUCCAAAGUCCAAGGGUAGCUCCUGGACCGCUUUUGCGACUUUCAUGAAGCUUUACUGCACUUUUCUACGUGAUGUGAAUGUCGAUAACUUGCUCGAGACAUACGAUCUUCUCAAGGGACUCGUCAACCAAUGUGUUCUUGCAUUGGGUGAUAGUCAAAUGGGUGUUAUUGUCUUACCGACCGUUCUGUACCUCUCAAAAGUCCUCGCGAAGCUGGCCAUGGGCCUCGACCGUCGUCCCGAACUGAUUGCACACCUACUCCGACUCGACGGCCGUUCAAACCAGGAUGAGACUGUGGAGAAGGUGACACUGGUGGAGAAAUCGGCAAACGUGGUUCGGGAGGCCUUCAUCAAGUGCCUCACAGACCGAAGUGGUACGCCAGGGAUCCAUGGAAAGCCCGAAGGCAAGCGCAUUGGUAUCUACUUGAUGGCCAACCUCUGCCUGAAGCUACUCUUCCAGUGCGGCAAACUUCGAAAUGCGGAGCAAAUGUUCGCGAGUAUCAGCGCACAAUCCCCGCCCCUCAAGUACUUCCCGGCCUCCCAGAGGGUGACAUACCUAUACUACCUCGGGCGCUACCUAUUCGCCAACAACCUCUUCUAUCCUGCACAGAUUGCCCUACAGGCCUCGUACGACCAAUGCCACCAUCAAGCGCUAAACCAGAAGCGAGCCAUCCUCACGUACCUGAUCCCAUGCAAUAUCAUCUUGGGCCGAUUCCCCACCCUCCAACUGCUGCAACGUCCGGAAGCCGAGGGACUGGCAGAAAAAUUCAUUCCGAUCUGCCGCUUGAUCGCUCGUGGCGACUAUAUCGCCUUCCGGGAACACCUGGCUGUUGGUUCCCCCGAGACAGAAUGGUUUGCGCGUAAGGGGAUUCUUCUUCCGUUGCGUAACAGAUGUGAGAUCCUUGUGUGGAGGUCUCUUUCUCGUAAGGUUUUCAUUCAUGGUGGUUUUCACGGUGACCCUCAAGGCCAGAGUCGUGGACCGCCCCCAUUCUUAUACCUUAGCAAACUUGAGGUUGCUAUUCAGUGGAUCCAAUCUCAGCAUACGGUCCCAGCGCAACAGGCUUAUGGUUUCUUCGCCUCUCGACCCGAGCUCGAUGCACAGGCUGGAAACAACCGUGUUGGUUCCCAGGUAGUAUACAAACCACUAGACUGGGACUUUGAAGGUGUGAACGAACUUGAUGCGCAAGAAGCCAUACCUGGACCCAGCCUGAUAGCCAAAUAUGCUGAUUACCUGGCACCUGAUGGAUACUUCGAUGCUCAAGGGCAAUGGCAAGCCAAUCCAGCCGGGAACCUGGUUGAUGGCCAGCCAUCGGCAGAUUACAAGCAAUUUGAGCUUGACCCCUACGCCAGCCGCCCUGACCUUGAGCCCGAAGAGGGGAAACCUACUUUGAUGAUGCGGGAGAUUGAGUCAAUUCUAGCUUCCCUCCUAACCCAAGGCCUGAUGCGCGGUUACCUGACCCACAAGAAUCCCCGUUUAGCCAUCCCGGGCGCACGCCUUCGUGGAGCCGUGCCUACCGGGUUUCCCAACGUGUGGCAGACAAUUUACGCCCGAGAAAGUGAAGAUGACAACGUUCCAGGCUGGGUUCAGCCUCCAGCCGCGGCAGCGAUUCCUACGGCUGGCGGAGGAAGAGUGGUCAAUCUCUCGGGAGCACGACCUGUUGGCGUUCAAUGA